GUUUAAGGGUGAAUGUAAGGGAGGGAGAGUCCAAGCAAGAGUGAGGAAGAACGUGAAUAUAUCACUUGGUGUCGCGGAGCUUGCACGCUAUUGUAAAAUUGUAACCAUCGCCCUGCCCCUGGAUGCAAACUGUGUGCUUACAACCAUCUGCGCGUCUUCGCAUUGCAAUGGACACGGCGCUGACAGUAUUUAGCAGCAGAGGGAUGAAGAAGUGUACUGCGGUGCAGAACCUAGCUUGUUUCUGACUCGGUUACCUGAGCAAUGCAGAGGGUAUAGGAAUCGAAAGCCUGUAUGAGUUUGACCUUAGGCGUGAGAGGCUACAGGAGACGUGAGGCCUGCUCUCCUCGGGCUGCCCCUGCCUGACAGUAUUGCCUUAGCCCAUUGGGAUAAAUGAGGAGCCACAAAGACUCCGAGAGCACAGCUACAACUCACGAAAGGAGCCAUACAGCAUGUCUUGGGUCAGCGGCUUCUUAGUGGCCAGGGUGGACGACCGCAAGGCGGCCUGGGGGGAGCGCAAUGGCAACAAGAAGGGCCGGCGCAAGGGCGGCUCCUCUCUGUGUGGCGCCCGCUAUGUGAGCUGCCUGCGGGACGCCGAGAGCCCCGAGCCGGCCGCCUCCGCCCAGCCCCUGCAGCAGCAGCAGCCCGGCGCCAGCAGCAGCAACUUCAGCACGCGCUGCGUCUGGCAGGAGGACCACUACGGCCGCAACAAGCCCGGCAUGGGCCCGCAGGCCGUCGACCUGACCUUCGACGACGGCACCGGCGGCGAGUCCAGGAGGAGGACCGGCGCCGACGGAGGGGAGGACGAUGACGACGAGGCCGGGGACGAGGAGCGCGGGCGGGGUGCGGCAGCGGCGCUGGCCUGCUGGCUGCGGUUGGUGCGGGUCUUCCAGUCCAAGCAGUUCCGCUCGGCCAAGCUGGAGCGCCUGUACCAGCGCUACUUUUUCCGGCUCAACCAGAGCUCGCUGACCAUGCUCAUGGGCGUGCUGGUGCUCGUCUGCGGCGUCAUGCUGGCCUUCCACUGUGCGCAGACCGUGCCGCCGGACCCGGCCUACGUGUCCACCCUCUGCGUGGCCAUGGCUCUCUUCCUGGCGCUGAUGGUGGUGUGCAACCGCAACGGCUUCCACCAGGACUACAUGUGGAUGGUCAGCUACCUGGUCAUCGCCGUGCUGCUGGGCGUGCAGGCCUUUGGCGUGCUGAUGGUGGCGCCGCGGAGCGCGUCCGAGGGCGUGUGGUGGUCCGUCUUCUUCAUCUACAUCAUCUACACGCUGCUGCCGGUGCGCAUGCGCGCCGCUGUCCUCAGCGGGGUCACUCUCUCCACCAUCCACGUCGCCACCGUCUGGACCACCAACCAGGCGGACAGUUUCCUCUGGAAACAGUUAAGUGCCAACACUCUGAUCUUCCUGUGCACCAACCUGAUUGGGAUCUGCACACACUACCCGGCCGAGGUGUCACAGAGGCAGGCCUUCAAAGAGACCCGGGGCUACAUACAGGCCCGACUGCACCUACAGAGAGAGAACCAGCAACAGGAACGCCUGCUGCUGUCAGUGUUGCCAAGGCAUGUUGCCAUGGAGAUGAAGGCAGACAUCAAUGCCAAGAAGGAGCAUAUGAUGUUUCACAAGAUCUACAUCCAGAAACACGACAAUGUCAGUAUUCUAUUUGCAGAUAUCGAGGGUUUCACCAGCCUGGCGUCUCAGUGCACAGCCCAGGAGCUAGUCAUGACCCUCAACGAGCUCUUUGCCCGCUUUGACAAGCUGGCCUGGGAGAAUCACUGUCUGAGGAUUAAGAUCCUGGGCGACUGCUACUACUGUGUGUCUGGACUCCCUGAACCCAGAGCGGACCAUGCCCACUGUUGUGUGGAGAUGGGAGUGGACAUGAUUGAAGCCAUCUCGUUGGUCCGAGAGGUCACGGGGGUCAAUGUCAACAUGCGUGUGGGGAUCCACAGCGGUCGCGUCCACUGCGGCGUGCUGGGCCUGCGCAAGUGGCAGUUUGACGUGUGGUCCAACGACGUCACGCUGGCCAACCAGAUGGAGGCCGGCGGAAAGGCGGGGCGCAUCCACAUCACCAAGGCCACACUGCAGUACCUGAACGAAGACUACGAGGUGGAGCCGGGCUUCGGAGGAGAGAGAAACGCUUACCUCAAAGAGAACAACAUUGAGACCUUCCUUGUGCUGGGCUGCAGCCAGAAAAGGAAAGAGGAGAAGGCCAUGAUGGCAAAGCUGCAGAGGGCCCGGGCGAACUCGGGUGAGGGGCUGAUGCCCCGCUGGGUGCCUGACAGAUCGUUCUCCAGAACCAAAGACUCCAAAGUUUACAGGCAGAUGGGCAUUGACGAGGCCUCCAGCAAAGACAACCGGUGCACUCAGGAGACCCUGAACCCCGAGGACGAGGUGGAUGAGUUUCUGGGACGUGCCAUCGACGCCCGGUCCAUCGACCAGCUCCGCAAAGACCAUGUGAAGAAGUUCCUGCUCACCUUUCAGACGUCCACCCUAGAGAAAAAGUACUCCAAAAAAGUGGAUGAUCGAUUUGGAGGAUACGUAGCCUGCACUCUCGUGGUUUUCUGCCUCAUCUGUUGCAUUCAGAUCAUCAUCUUCCCUCAUACACCCCUCAUGUUGGGGAUCUUCAUCAGCAUCUUCGUCAUCCUCGUCCAUAUCCUCUUCAUCUGUUCCAUCUACUCCUGUGUUAAGCUCUUUCCAGUAGCCUUGCAGACUGUGUCGAAGAGAAUAGUGGAGUCGCGCACCAACAGCACCCUCGUGGGAGUCCUCACCAUCGUCCUUGUGUUUAUCUCAGCCUUCGUAAACAUGUUUACCUGUGAUAAAGAGGACCUGGAAGGUUGUGUGUCUCGAGAGAUCAAUGCCUCUGUGAGCUCCAUGAAUCUGUGCCUCCUUCAUGACCUUUCGCUUGCUGCCCACGAUAAGCUGGCCCUGUGCCCUGGACAAGACUACCCCUGCCCCUUCCCAGAGUACUUUACCUAUAGUGUGCUCCUGAGCCUGCUGGCCAGUUCCAUGUUCCUGCACAUCAGCAGCAUUGGCAAGCUGGCCCUCAUGCUCUUCAUCCAGCUCCUCUUCAUCCUGCUGGUGGAGUGGCCACAGGUGACGCUGUUUGACAACGCGGACCUGCUGCUCACCACCAACACCCUGUCCGAGGGGGCUUUGAAUGGAACUCUUAUGUGGACCAGUUUCAAUGGAACAGACAGUUGUGAUAAGACAGUGACCAAAGUGCCCCUGCGGGUGAUCACCCCCAUAAUCCUGACGGUGUUUGUGCUGGCACUGUACCUGCAUGCCCAGCAGGUGGAGUCCACCGCACGUCUGGACUUCCUGUGGAAGCUUCAGGCCACAGAGGAGAAGGAAGAGAUGGAGGAGCUGCAGGCCUACAACCGCCGGCUCCUGCACAACAUCCUGCCCAAGGACGUGGCGGCGCACUUCCUGCAACGGGAGCGGCGUAACGACGAGCUCUACUACCAGUCGUGCGAGUGCGUGGCCGUCAUGUUCGCCUCCAUCAGCAACUUCUCCGAGUUCUACGUGGAGCUGGAGGCCAACAACGAGGGCGUCGAGUGCCUGAGGCUGCUCAAUGAGAUCAUCGCCGACUUCGAUGAGAUCAUCAGCGAGGACAGGUUCAGGCAGCUGGAGAAGAUCAAGACUAUCGGCAGCACCUACAUGGCGGCGUCCGGCCUCAAUGACUCCACGUAUGACCGGGAGGGCCGCUCCCACAUCCUCGCCCUGGCUGACUACGCCAUGCGGCUGCGCAAGCAGAUGGCGCACAUUAACGAGCACUCCUUCAACAACUUCCAGAUGAAGAUAGGUCUGAACAUCGGGCCAGUUGUGGCCGGGGUGAUAGGUGCCCGUAAACCACAGUACGACAUCUGGGGGAACACCGUGAAUGUAGCCAGUCGCAUGGACAGUACAGGAGUCCCAGAUCGGAUUCAGGUCACCACAGACUUGUAUAACGUGCUGGCCAGUAGAGGCUACACGCUGGAGUUCCGUGGAAUGGUCAAGGUCAAAGGCAAGGGCGAGAUGACCACCUAUUUCCUCAACAGCGGCCCUGACAGUUAGCAGCAGGCCCAAACACCCCCACCCCUGUGAGGACACAACCAACCGAGGGCCGUCAACAGACAGGGCCGGCUGUGGGGCCGAGACCCCCACCGGAGGUCCGCUGUGGAGGAGGCGCAGUGGCGAGCGAACCCACUUGGCCUGAGGCGAUCUUGUGUUCGUGUGUGGGUGGGUGUUUCUCUGUGUUACUUGUGUUGACAUGUACCAUGGAGGAGAAGGACUCUUCUCACCUCUAGGUGUACAUACUUUGUAGCCACUUGAAGAAGGAGACUGAUGACCAGUUGCCUUAGAAGGAAUUGACUGUACAGAAGUCUGGAUACACUAUUUAUUUUGCCCAGAUGGGAUGUUAAGUAUAAAAAAUAAAAAAUAAAACAAACAACAAUGAAUAGUAAUAUAUAUGCAAGGAUGACAUGAACUCUUGAAAUAUGGAUGAAUACGACCAAAGAAGAAAUGUCUGAUGAGGAACACUAAGUGCAUACACCAACAUGUUUGAUUUUGUAAAGCAACUUGGAACAAAUGUCAGUUGUGUCGGCGUUUUCUCCUUUUUUGUCUAUUUGGUUUUGCCAUCUUAUGCCAUGUUCCUGGAUAGGCACAACUUUGCUCUGUUUGUUCUAUUGUACGUGUGAUGUGAAGGAGUACAAAAGACAUCUUGAAAUAAGCGGACAGCCUUAGAGACCAAAAGCAACCUUUUAUUAUUGAAGUAUGUGAUCAGUUAUAGACUUUUUUCUCCUUUGAAGAAGUAUUUUUUUUUCGUACAACUGAUGUGAAUGAAGGACAAACUGUGGCAUUGAAUUCCACAGGACUGCAGAUUGUGCUUCUAAAAAAAAAUUGUCUUGUGUGUUUUGUGUGUGUGUGUGUGUGUGUGUGUGUGUGUGUGCGCGUGUGUGUUAUGUUUGUGUUUAAGUGGGACUGAUAAAUAUUGAAGGAUGGGUGAGUGCUUAUACUGUGCUUAAUGUAGAGAGGGUUAACUCUUCACUGUGAGGUACAGUAUGCCAUGAAAAUGACUUUCUUGCCAAAUGAACUACUGCAAUAUCCAGUAUUAAACUAUUAAAUAUCCAGUAUUUUGGAUAUGUGUGCCCAUUCCUCUCUCUCCCAGCUGUAUCCAUUGGUUAUGCAGAGUUUUAUUGUACUGUAGGUAUGGUAAUGCCGCAUUCCACCAGAAGUGAGAUGAUCUUAGAAUACUUUUAUAUACCAACACAGUCUGGUCUUCUAAUUGGUCACGUUGGAAUCCUCCACCCCCAGUCUCGGCCAUAGAUGUGUUGUAGUCAGUGCCACUGAUUGUCACUUCCUGAUAACCACUGUCUCCAAUAGACUUCACAGCAGUGUGCAACAGUAUGCCUUCAAAGUGUCUAUUGUCUGUACCCAUUAACUACUGUUUCACUAAAGAGUACUGGCGCUGUAGCAAGGUUUGUUUUUACCCUCCCACAGUUUCAUAUGAAUGUAGGAAAUAGUCUCCAUUGCUUCAUGCUGUUGCAGGUGAUCCCAUCACACAAUUUGCCAGUGAGGAUUGUUCUGUUUUCGGUUGUUGUUAUUUUUUAAUGGCGCAGGGGCAAAGCAUGAGGAGUGCUUUAUACAUUAAAGAACAACUUUUGUGUUGAAAGAAUAAAAUCCAUUAAAUCCCAUUCAUAAA